GCUGCUCUCUGACGCUAAGCUAAUGCUAACGCUGGAACUCCUGAGGCAAGGCGGAUGCGUGUGGCAUCGGUUGUUGAAGUGAACCUGUGUCGUGUCGUGUUGUUUAUAAACGCAGGAGCCCAGGGUGGAGUAUAGUACAUAUCUGAGAGUUUCGGGACGUUCAGGAUGGUAACCAUUCCAGAAUACUACACAGGGAAGAACGUGCUGAUCACCGGCGCAACGGGCUUCAUGGGCAAAGUGCUGCUAGAGAAGCUGCUGCGCUCGUGCCCCAGUAUCAGAAUGGUCUACGUGCUCGUGCGGCCCAAAGCGGGUCAGUCUCCGAGGGCCCGUGUCGCUGACAUGAUCAACUGCAGGCUUUUUGACAGAUUGAGAGAAGAGCAGUCUGAUUUUGCCGAGAAGAUCGUGGCGGUGAACAGUGACCUGACGCAGCCUGAGUUAAACCUCAGCAAAGAGGACCAGGACAUGCUAAAAGAGCACAUCAACAUCGUCUUCCACUGCGCCGCGACCAUCCGCUUCAACGAGCCGCUCAAAGAUGCCAUGCAGCUGAACGUCUUGGCCACACAGAAGAUGCUGAGUCUUGCCCACGGGAUGAAGCACUUAGAGGUGUUUAUUCACAUCUCCACGGCAUACGCUAACUGUGACCGAGAGCUCAUCGAGGAGGUCGUCUACCCCCCGCCUGUCGACUACAGGAAGCUCAUCGACACGCUGGACUGGAUGGACGAUAAGCUGGUGGGUGUGAUGACCCCGAAGCUGCUUGGUGAACGACCCAACACCUACACCUACACCAAAGCCCUGGCUGAGUACCUGGUGCAACAGGAGUGCGGGAACCUCAACGUGGCCAUCGUCCGGCCUUCUAUAGUAGGAGCCAGCUGGAAAGAGCCCAUUCCUGGCUGGAUAGAUAACUUCAAUGGGCCGAGUGGAAUAUUCAUUGCUGCAGGGAAAGGUAUCCUACGCACCAUGAGAGCCUCUAACAGCGCUGUGGCUGACCUCGUGCCAGUCGACGUGGUCAUAAACAUGACACUGGCUGCUGCUUGGCAUUCAGGCUCACAGAAACACACCAGGCCGAGAAGUUUGUUGGUGUACAACUGCACAACCGGUUCAAUCAAUCCCUUUCACUGGGGUGAAGUCGAAUACUGUAUAAACAUGACGUUCAAGACGAACCCGUUAGAGCAGGCAUUCAGGCGCCCCAAUGUUAACCUGCGUUCCAACCCGUUUACCAAUCAGUACUGGACGACGGUGAGCCACACCAUUCCCGCGCUGCUCUACGACGCCUAUCUGUGGCUCACGGGGCAGAAGCCUAGGAUGAUGAAGACAAUCACGCGCCUUCACAAGGCCAUGAUGGUGCUGGAAUACUUCACCAGCCACUCAUGGAUGUGGAACACCGACAACGUCACCAUGCUCCUGAAUCAGCUUGGAGCUGAGGACAGGAAGGUGUUUAACUUUGACGUCAGACAGUUACACUGGGCCGAAUAUAUGGAGAAUUACUGCAUGGGCACGAAGCAGUAUGUGCUGAACGAGGAGUUAUCAGGCCUCCCUGCUGCACGCAAACAUCUCAACAAGUUGCGAAACAUCCGCUACACCUUCAACACCGUCCUGGUGAUCCUGAUCUGGCGCGUCUUCAUCGCUCGAUCCCAGAUGGCACGCAACAUCUGGUACUUCGUAGUCAGCCUGUGCUUCAAGUUCCUGUCCUACUUCAGGGCGUCCAGCACCAUGAGAUACUAAACCUCGUUCCUCUUUCUCGUCCCCUCCCUCACUCUUUUCUCUCGUCUUCUCUCUCUUUUCUUCGAUAGCUAUGCAUACGCUCCAGCUCUGGCCUCUAGCGCGCCUCCGUUAGGGUCAGAUCCCGGGGGCCGCUUUGUAGAAAUCAUGGCGCGUCACGUUUCCAGACCAGUCUGCGCAACCGUAAACGAUUCCGCGUUACAGUUUACAGACGUCUGUGACUCGUUUCCUGACUUUCCCCAUUCAAGCACAAGGUUGGAGAAUAGCGGCACGACGGCUAGUUCACUGCUUUGUGCCUCUUUCCUAUUUUAUCAUCGGUCCUUUAGGUUACCUCACGUGGUUCAUUUUUUAUUCCUUUGAUAACUUCUUUUUGACUAAACUUUAAUUAAGAAGGUCGCAGGUUGUCGGAACGUUUAAUUAUGCGAGGAACUCUCGUCUUUUUUUUUUUUUUUCUUUUCAGGUGGACUAGCACUAUAACGUUAAAGAGAUUUUGCGCUGACUCUCGUAUUGUUAGUAUUUUUUUUUUUUUUUACCUUCAGGAUUAUACAGGAAGAAUCUACCUGAACUGAAGUAUAUACCUGACCACAGCACAAGCUUUCUCUAGGUUUUUCCACCAAACCAAACUUCUAGUUAAGGUUUCAUCUUCUAAACGUGUAAAUACACAGAUUUACUAAUCAUUAUGAUUCGCUAACUCACUAUUCUGAUUCUUGUUCUUUGUUGUCGUCGUCGUCGUCGUCGUCGUCAAGCACUUAAACACACGAGUUUAACUCAGCGCUGUGAAUAAGAAGUAGGAUUUUUUUUUUUCACAGCAGCAGCUACAGAGGCUCAGUUCAUAGACCAGCUGCGUCUGGGUUGCAUAUCGUGCCUGAAUGUUGAAAAGCAAUUCUAGGUUUUUCUAAACCGUUUGUGUACCAUUUUAGAUCACACUCUCAUUACCAAGCAUUACUAGUCGGUGGAGUCAGGGGCUGGUUAUUUAUGACGGAAAUAGACUUCGGGUCCUCUGAUGUAUAAUGUGCUCGGCUUACAGACGCUUCGUGUUUCUCUACCAUUUCUUGGCUGCUCGGCUCACGUUUCUGCGAACGGAAGCCGGUCCCGACGGCCCGGACACUGUAACGUCUAAAAGUUUAAAACGUGAGCUUUUAAUGCUUUCUGUGGUGUGAAAGUAAAGCUUCUUGAUUUUCCUGCUGUGUGUAGAAUGUUUUUCCCCAAACAGCAGCUGGGAAAACACUAGACCUUGUCGUGCUGAGCCCAAGAGGAAUUUCACCCGGGACAUGGAUUCGUCUGUAUAUACAGGGCUGGGAUCGGGGUUUGUGGGGUGCUAUAACUUUUGCAAAACACAAAUUAAAAGCUGUAAUUGGCAUCCAGGUGUUUUUUUGUUUGUUUGUUUGUUUUAAGUGACACCUAUGAAGCUGAUACCAAAGCUUCAUUUACUGCGAAAACAGAACCCCAAAACAAACGACAUGUAAGAUCAAGCGUGGAGAUCAGCGCAGGAAACGAAUGACCAGCGUGGUGCAGUUUAAACUGACCUCCAGGGACAAACCGUAACACCCUCAAACUCCACGUUCAUCGUCACAGUAAAGAUUAUAAAAAAAUAUCCCUUCUUUGUUUUUUAGGGGGUUUCGGUGAAAUCCGUACUACGACUUUAAACGAAAGGGAAAAAAGGUUACCUUAAAAUCUCUCUGUAGAAAGUGACGAAGCUCCGACGCCGGAGUUUGUUCAUUGUUCUGUUUAUUCUGUUUAUCGUAAAGCUUCAAUUAGAGUUUUUUGCCAAUUAGCUGUUACCAUAGAAACAAAAAAUAAAAAAAACUAUGGCUGUCUCUGACCAAUCAGAUUCAAGCAGCUAAAUUUAAAACUGUCGUAUUCAGCUUUCUGACCACUCGAGCAGCACGUGACGGAGGAAACCCGCUCGAUCGAACCGGUACGACGGACUGCGGACAGAUCAGGAUCGAACAAUUAACUCAGCUACGCCUUUAAUUUCCGAUAACGUGCGUAAUUAUAAUAUAAUAAUAUAAUUAUAACGAUCGCAAUCAGUCUGAUGACUUUAAUGAGCGUAGAUCUGUGUGAAUUAUGAAUGAUCUGUUUCAAAUCCAUUUCGGGUGAAAUUCCUCUCGGAUAACCGAUGCCAGAAUUUUCCUCUUGCUCCGAUUCUGUUGCUCGGGUCUCGUCCUCGUUUCAAAGGGCGUCACACAGCUGUGAUCUUCUCACAGCUCUCCCUCCUGCUGAUGAAGCACAUCCGAUCCCGAGGCCUCGACCAAGCCAACACACACUCAUCGCCCUGUUCUCGCCUCGUCUCCGUCGCCCUAGUAAUCACGACAUCACUCCUGAUAUCGCUUAUCAUGCUGUUUUUUUUUUGUUUGUUUGUUUGUUUGUUUGUUUGUUUUUUACACUUCUAAUUGUUAAAUGCCACAGAAGUUGAUGUCGAAUUUGUGUGUGUGAGUGUGGGGGUUGGGGUGGGGGGUGUACAUUGGAUGCCUUGUAUUUGUAAACCAAAUAACUGGAAUAAAUGACGUGAAAUGUCACCAUAA